AUGAAAUUCCUUUUGUGUCUUGCCCUUUGCUUCGCUGCUGCCCAAGCUGGACUUGUAGGAGUACAAAAUGCUCUCGCUUACUCUGCUCCUUACACAACUUACUCAGCAGCAGUAGCUCCAGCACCAGCACUUUACAAUGCUCCAUUGGCCUACUCUGCAUAUCCUUCGGUGUACAGCGCAGGAUUGAACGCUCCAACUGUUUACAGCACUGCUGGUCUUGGAGUUGCUAGCCCUCUCGUUAGAUCUGCCUAUUAUGCUUCUCCAACUGUAUACUCUGCUGCUCCAAGUGUCUACUCUUCCGCUCCAGUUUUGACAAACACUUUGUUGAAGAAGUAA